GAACGGCUCGGCGCGGAGCGGCUCGGUUCGGCACUGCCGGCCCGGGAUGGCGGAGGGCAGCCCCACCUCCCUCCUGCACCUCUCCAUCACUCGCUGGAUAGCUGAUAAUUUCCAUUUGUGUGAAGGAUGUACCAUACCCCGUUGGCUGCUAUAUGAAAUGUAUCUAGAAAACUUCAGUUCGAAUGACAACGACAAAGUAAAUUCAGCCACCUUUGGAAAGCUUAUCCGGUUAGUUUUCCCAGGUCUGGGAACAAGAAGGCUGGGCACAAGAGGCAGUGCCAGAUAUCAUUAUGAUGGAAUAGCUAUCAAGAAGGACUCUUCCUUUUAUGGACAUUAUUGCUUUCUUCUGUCUCAAAAAAAUUAUCGCAGGCAGUGCUCUCCAGGGAAGAGUGUUUCAACGUGGCAGCCAAGCACCCCUACGGGAACCGGUGCAGACACCUGCAGUUCUGGAGACCCAGCUGGUUAUGAGAGCAAUAGCAAAAAAAAAGGAACAGAUUUGCACUGUUUUCCGUCGGUCACUUAUCUGAAAACUGAAGAAGACAGACUUGCAUAUGUUUUGCCUGAAUUUGGACUAGCCUGCCCUUGGGAGCAAGAAUUACUGAACAAAUACCCCUAUGAGAUGGUCAUACAGGUCGCAAAUGAGUACAAUAGCCACUGCCAAGACAUUUUAGAGGUUGUGAAAAUGCAAGAGCUUGACAAGGUGGAAGAUUGCAUCACGUCAUUUUGGAAGUCUCUACAGCCUGAAAAAAUAGCAUUUAUAUCCUUGCCAGAUAUAUGCCAGCUGUUCAAGUACUAUGACAGAUAUCUAUUCAAGGAAAUGGAUAAUAUUCUCCUUGGUGACUUCCUGGAGGAGGUGUCUGUCCACUAUCUGAAGUCAAUCAGAAUGUUCAGUAAAAACGUUAAACUCUGGUUGCUUAAUGCUUUGGAAGAGCUUCCAAUGCCACUCCAAACAUCCAAAUGUAAAGAAGUUACAGUAUUUAUAAAAAGACUCAGGAGAAAGACAGAUCUUUCUAAUAUGGCCAAGACAAUGAGGAUAGUCUUGAACAACAACAGCAAAGUCACUGUUCUGAUCUCGGACUUGAAUGCUGUCAUCGAUCAGGGAUUGCUGGAUGUGCCUGGAAACCUCUUUCAAAAGAAGUAUGGAAAUCCAGAUGAACUACAGUACAACAUAGAAAUCAAAUGUUUGAAUGACCUAUUAUCUUCGCUGGCACACUCUACAGAUAUUCGAGUUCUCCUAAGCUGUAUAUCUUCAAAUCUUCAGGCUUUUGUCAUUCAGCCAAGCAGGAAUAAACAGGAGUUUAUAAAACUGGCAGCUGAUUUCCAGUUGAGAUGGAACUUCCUAUUGAGCACAGUAAGCAAGGCGAUGACACUCAACUAUGCAGACAGUUUUGGAUCCUGGCAUUUGUUUAAUUUGCUACUCUUGGACUACGUUGCUCACAUCUUCCAGUCCUAUAUAGAGGAGGAAGAAGAGGGAGAAGAAAGUUUUUGUGUCACACAGCAAAGCGACCAGCCUGUUCUGUGGGUUUAUGAGCCCACCUACUUUGGGGGCUACUUUGCAGAGGAGGAACCUCAAGCGGAAGCUCCUCAGUCAACUCUCAUAAGUUUGAUGCUGAACCAGAGCGACAUCAGAUUAAGCAACGUAUAUUCAGAGUUCUGAGUUUUUUGGGGGAGAAAGCCACAGAAAUCAAGCUCGUCAUUUGGAAGACAAAAUAGCAAAACCUUCCAUUCAGUUGGAUCUUGUGGUCAGAAGAAAAGCUCUUCUUACUCAAAGAGAUGGACAGAAUUUUUC